UUUGACAAUGGACGUUAAUAAUUUAUUGACAAACUACUACGGUAUUAAUGACCAAUUAAUCAAUAAUAAUAAUAAUAAUAAUAAUAAUAAAUUAACAAGUUAUUUAGGAAAUAAUAAUGAAGAAUCUCAACCAUCAGUUUCUUCGGAACCUUCAACAAAUAACGAAAAUUUAGAUAAUUUAAAUACGCAGAGCAAUUUAUUAACCAGCGAUGAAAGUGAGAAAAAAAAGCCCGUUAAAGACCGAGUGAUCAUCACCGACGAAGAAAUUGACAGAGAAAUCGAUUUUGAAUUUGAAAAAAUUUAUAUUAGCAGCAUUAAUGACUUUAAUGACAAAGAAAAAGAAAUUAAUGUGGUAAUUAACGAUGAGGAAGGAGUUAAAUCAUUUAAUACGAUUAAUUUGGGUGAGGAUCGGCUGGAUACUUACUCGGAAAUUUCAUCGACAGUGAGAAUUCAAAAUGGCGGACAGAGGCGGGGUUUUUUAAAUGGCGGUUUGAGUGAGAAGAGAGGGGGAAGGCCAGUGAGAAGUAUUGAAAGGGUGCAGAGAUCAAGACUUGACGCGGGAGUACUGAGAAAAAUACCAAUUUUUAAUAAUAAUUUUUGUGACCUUUCUAAUAAUGAUUUGAAUGAGUUUCCAGUUGAUUUAAUUGACAGGAUUCAAAAUAUUAAGAUGCUGUACCUUGGGAAUAAUUAUUUAGAAAAAUUACCAGAUGAAUUGUUUACCAAACUCAAGUGCCUAGAAUGGCUGGACCUCAGGAAUAAUAAAUUAAAGUCUUUACCGAGAAGUAUCAAGAACCAUCGGUCGCUGGAAACGAUCUUGCUCCAGGGAAACGAAAUUGAAAGACUGCCGGAGGAAUUGUGCACUCUGGAGAAUUUGAAGCUCGUAAAUAUUGGGGAUAAUCAGUGUGUGUUCCCGCCGGAAGAGGUCUGGAGGAAGGGGUUCGCGGAGGUCAAAGAGUUUCUGAGGAAAGAGUGGAACAAAAAUCAUCCUGAUGAAAUUAUGCAAGCCAGGGAUAAAAAAAUCUUGCCGGUACUGUCCCAAGAUAUGCCGACAAAGAAACAGGACAUGACAAAAAAAAUUUGUUUAAAAAAUUCGCGUCUGCGCGCGAUUAAUUACAAGCCUUCAAACAGGUACGAGUCUGGCAAACUUAAAUUACUAUGCAGUAAUUGCGUUAAGUCAUUGAGAAGCAAAAAUCACUCGAGCGUCGUCAGUGACCUCAAUGACUCUGGGUAUCAUCUAAAAGUUCAACUAACGCAGAACAAAAACAAAAAUAAAAAUAAAAGUAAAUCUGAAUUUUUGGACAAUUACGAGGACACUUAUCUCAGUGUCAAUAAUUUAGGACACAACAAAAAAGAUGCCGCGGUUUUUACUAAUUUAGAUGAUGAACUAAAGGGUGAAAGCAUUAGAGGGAACAAAGUAACGAGGGUUGAAAAAAUAAGUCUCGCUGAGGAAAUUAAAAGAAUCGAAGACAUUCAGGUUAAAGAACGGGUUUAUAAUGUCAUUACUAAUGACCGCGUGGUGACUAAAUUAAGACCCAUGAGACUAAAUGACCCCAAUUGGAUACUGGGUUUUGUUAAAAAUUACUUGGGAAUAGACAAACAAUAUUUAGGGUCUUAUCCUACGCGUUCACAAAAAUUUUGAUUCGAUUAUCGGCCAUGAAAACUUUGAGCUCGAAUUCUGAUUAAACUAUCAGAGAUACGAUGAUUAAUGAUGAGAACAAUUUUGUAGGAAAUUCAAUUGUCUACAAAAAAGGUCCUUAUGAAUUUUCACCUAGGUCUGAUAGUUUAGCAGUAAUUGCUAGUUAAUCAAACAAAAAUUUCAUAAUGAUCAAAAACUGGUUUUUAUAUAUAUAGAACUUAAAAUUGGAAUUCUGAUUGAAUUAUCAGAGAUACGAUGAUUAAUGAUAGAGAUAAUUUUGUAGGAAAUUUAAUUGUCUACAAAAAAGGUCCCCAUAAAUUUUCACCUAGGUCUGAUAGUUCAGAAGUAAUUGCUAGUUAAUCAAAAAUAAAUUUCAUAAUGAUCAAAAAUUGGUUUUUAUAUAUAUAGAACUUAAAAUUGGAAUUCUGAUUAAACUAUCAGAGAUACGAUGAUUAAUGAUAGAGAUAAUUUUGUAGGAAAUUUAAUUGUCUACAAAAAAGGACCUCAUAAAUUUUCACGUAGGACUAAUAGUUCAGAAGAUAU